AUGAGCCUCCGUCUGCCUCUCCGGGGUGGGGGCAAAUUCGCCACCAUCAUCAGCGCCUACGCUCCGCCGAUGACUAGCCCCGACGCCGCCGCAAGAGACAAAUUUUGCGAGGACCUGCACGCCCUCUUGGCGACUGUGUCGAAGGCAGACAAGUUGAUUGUCCUUGGUGACUUCAACGCCCUCGUCAGCCUGCAGAGGACUGCUAGGUCCCCAUGGUCUCCGCGGCUCAAAGGACAACGGCCUCCGCAGCUGCGCAGAACACCGCCUCAUCCUGACGAACACGUUCUUCUGUCUGUCGGAGCGAGAGAAUGCCACCUGGAGGCAUCCUAGGUCGCGUCAGAGGCACCUGCUGGACUACGUCCUCGUCCGGAGGCGAGAUCAGCGGGACGUGCUGGGGACAAAGGCGAUCGCAGAUGCUGACGGGUGGACCGACCACCGCCUCGUCAUCUCGAAGAUGCGCAUUCGCCUACAGCCUCGCAGGAGACCACAAGGUAAGCGACCCCCAGGUAAGUUGAAUAUUGCCUUGUUGUCUUUGACCGCUCACCAUCUCCAUUUCAGCAAUGAGCUAGCUCAACGGCUAGACAACAUUCCUAUCGCUGCCGACGCCGCCGCCGCCGCUGCCGACAAGGCCUCCGUGGAGAACCGCUGGCGUCAACUGCGAGACACGGUCCAUCGACGGCGCUAG